ACACCCAACAUAUUGACACAAAAUCAUGACCAGUUAAAACUGACUCGUUAUGAAAGAAAGAAAAGUGUGUCGGCACUAACAUAGCUAACUUCACACAGGACCCAGAAUAAUAUAUAGAAAAACGCAUUCAGGCAAGAAAACAACCAAAAACAACACCUCCGUUUUUGUCUUAACAAUAAAUUCAAAAAAGUGUGAUAAAUCAUGUAUUAUUUUUGAAAAAAUGGAGUGAUGGUCAACAGCGGUCAACCAAUUGACGAAAAUAAAUAAAUAAAUAAAUAAAUAAAUAAGUAAACAAAUAAAUAAAAAAAAAAAAAAACAAAUCCUAUUUUAGAGAUUUGUUUUUGGACGCAAAACGAUAUUCAAUACCCGCCUGCAAAUUACCCUCGCUGUGAUAAAAAUUGAUCCUUUUUUGCUAUGGCAACUUUUGUAUUGAAGGUUAAAACAAAAUCAGGUCAAAACCUCGUUAAAGGUUUAACAGGUAAAGACAAAGUUUCUCAAUUAAAAUCCAAGCUCUCAGAUCUUACGGGAAUACCUCAGAUCGCUCUCCAUAUUCUGGGCGGUUUUCCACCCAAGGCGUUGGAUCUGAGCAAGGAAGACGUAGCGCUGGAAGAUUCCGGAAUCACAUCCGGCGACACGCUAAUAGUUGAAGAAAAACAACCACCCGUCAAACCGAGGCAGCAAUUGAUAGAACGUGGCAAUAACACGGUCCCAAGAUCUCAUAUUAUCGACACCGAAACUCUGAGCAACAGCCCCGGUGUUCUAAUGAAGCAGAUUGUACCCGCUGACAACUCUUGCCUUUUCACUAGCGUCGGAUAUGUCCUGAACGGAAAGGUCGACACAACCUGCGCCAGUUUCAUGAGGGAUAUAAUUGCCGAAAGUGUUUCGUCUAAUCCUGAAGAGUAUUCGGAGGCGAUAUUGGGACGUCCUAACGGCGAGUAUUGCGAAUGGAUAAAGAAGGCCGACUCUUGGGGUGGUGCAAUAGAGCUGGCGAUACUUUCUUGGUUUUAUGGACUGGAAAUAGCCGUUGUUGACAGUAUUAAUGCUAUCAUAAACAGAUUUGGAGAGGAUCAGCACUACGCUCAGAGAGUCUUUUUAAUGUUCGACGGUAUUCACUACGACCCUCUUUACUUGGAACCAUUAGAUGGUGGAAGUAUUCAAACAAUUUUUCCUACGAGCGACGACACGCUGUUGAUACAGGCUACAGAAUUGGCCAGAGAAGCUAAAUCCAGUCGCCAGUACACGGACGUACAAAAGUUCACCCUAAAAUGCAUGGUGUGUAACGUUAUGCUAAAUGGGCAGCUAGCAGCGCAACAACAUGCGAAGGAUACAGGUCACAUGAACUUUGGAGAAGUUGCCUAGCGCCAAAUACAGCAGCCGGUAAUUACCGGUAAACAUGGUUUUCGUUCUACUGCCAAGCCCCGUGCUCCUCAGUUACUUAUUUAAUUCAAAGUGCUGUGAAGAACUAAUUGCAUACAAUUCAAAGGUCAAACAACAAAAUCCAAGAAAUUACCGCUGGCAAUCGAUAUUGAAAUUAUUUGAAACGUAAGUCUUAGUCUCGCGCUAUGAAAAUGUUGGGAUGUUGGUAAGAAAGAAAAUAGGUAUUUAGCGUAACGACGCAUGCACAGUCUGAUGGUUCGCGUACGCUGCUUGCACUUGCAUAUUUUCCACUCACAGUGUGAUUUGGAAUCGAUCGAUAGAUCGUCUUUUUCGUUACAUCCAUUGAUUGGACCGUUCUUAAACACUAUUUGCCAUUUGUUUGACAUUUGAAAUUAUAAAUAUGUGUAAGUAUAAUAGUAUAAAUAUUGAGUUCGAAGACUUGAUAAGUCAUAAGACGUGUAAUUCGAGAGCGCAGGAUAGUAAUUUUCCUUAUCUACAGCCAUGCAAGGUUGAUAAAAGGAGUAAAGAAAAUCUCAAAAAUUAUGUACAGUGUAAAUAUAUGAUUCUUAUAAAAUUAAGCAUGCACGUCUCGAAAUUUAAAUGUCAAUUAUUUUGCUUUUCAGUAGGCUCUUCGUGUGACAAUAUUUGAAAAGACGUCGUACUUAUCAACUAUACUUUUGUUUCCCAAUCCUUAAAUUAUCUACUCAUUUUUCUUUCUUCUUUUUAUCUUUCAUUCUGUCACAAUCUUUCACAGUAGUCGGUUCACACCUAAGUUUUUUGUGUACUCUGUUGUAAUAAAUUGAACGAUAAAUUUUUCUAUACAACCAAGUACAUUCGGUGCCUCGACACACUCAAUCAAUUAUGGCAUAUGGAGUUUGUAUUCGAUUCUGUCAGCUUUAAUGAAAGCUCUUUUUAUCCGUCUCAUAAAUUUUCCAAAUAGCAAACUGCUUUUCGAAUGCAUUUUUUCUAAAAUAACUAGAACCUUGUCUAUAAAUUUACCUUUCACCCUUUUCUACUUGACAAAAAACGGAAAUCAAAAUUCGUAAAUUUGCGUAGAGCCCACAUAUUGGCAUGCGAUAAAAGUGAUAAUUUGCAUUAUUCGAACCGCACGACUGAUAUAUGAUUACACGAGGAAUAACAUCCGGUACAACUAAAACGCACUGUGCAAUGUGCAAACUAAUGCGAUUGCCAACGUGUGUAAGGGUGUGUGUGUGUAACUAUUUUGGAAUAUUCAAAGUGUGCAGUGUUAUUAAUUUACCAUAUAUUUGCCUUGCUAUUACAGCCGCCUUAUAGUGUGAGUAAUUGAGCAUAUAUGUAGAUUUAAUUGGCAUUUAUUUUAUUUUUUAUUUUUUUUUUUUCAAUCUUAGAAUGAUUGAUAGACGUAUAAUACUAACUGUAAUACAAGCAGACUACAAACUUUGAAGUAUUUCUUUGUGUAAUAUCAUUGAAAUUACUACUUUUUGGAAGUGAUUGCAAACAUUGAAUUCGCCUUAACACGUUUACCAACGUUCUAGGAAUGACAAAUAAAUAAAAAAGUGAGUGGACGACCAAAAGCUCACCGACCCAAAAGCCAAUUGAAGAGUGAAAAUUGAACUAUAAUUUUAAGCGCAAUUUUAGAGUGAAAUAUAAGUUAAUAUAACGUGAUAAAUAUAGUAGUAGGAAAUCUGUUUUAACUACAUUUGUUAUACAUCACUAUACUCUCGUGCAAUAUUUAAA